AUGUGGUGGUUCCUAUUUCUUUUAGCUCCGAGUUACGCUGAAAAUUCAACUGGAAGAGUGGAUAUUCUCUUGAUUAUAGAACAUCAGAAGCUGUUGACACUGAAUGAAGAAAAAUCGUCAGUUGAUAUUUCGUUUGAAAUUUGCUUUGAAUGGGAAACAAGAAGUAGGAAAGUCCCAAGAAGUCGAGAGCUAGCAACAUGGAAUGAGUUGGACGCAUUCGGAAUCAUCACUGAGAAUCUAGAGAGCUCCCAAAUUUCCAAAAGUAUCAUAACGAAAGAGAAUCAGGUUCAAAAUGUGCGAUCCAUCCGUUUUGUAUCAAUUCAGUCCGAGAAGCCAUUGGAUUUUUCUGCUUUCCCAAGUGAUUCUCAUUUUUUUCAAAUAAGAUUCACUUCUAUAACUAAAAACUCUUCUCAGUUAACGCUGAAUCCUCAUUUUUUAUCUACUGCUCAAGAACAGACAGAAUCCCACUACAAAUUCGAAGUUUCAAAAGCAUUCGUACAGUGGGUUGUACACAAAAAUGAAUCCUUUGAACAGGCAAUUUUUGAAUUCCGUGUUAUUCGAAGACCUUCUCCAUCUCUUCGAGUUUCCAUGUUUCUAUUGUUCCUAGUCAAUGUAGCCAUGACCUUCGAUUACUUUCCAGUGUCAAGAUUAUUUCAAAAAAGGCCCAAAUCGGGAUUCUAUCUAUGUUGUGGAUUGCUCAUAAGUAUGGUGGCUGCUAGACAAAGUCCCAAGUUUGGAGAGUUGACCAGUUACGAUUACCAACUAAUGGCUCUUCUCCUCCUCGGACUUCUCAUUGAAAUACUGCAUCAGCUUCUUCCAUUUCUAGUUUUUCAUUUGAGAUGUUGUCCAUUGGAGUCCGAUCCAUCACCACCACUGUUCCCUUCUCCAAGUGACCAGUUCAGUUUGGAUACUGAAAGAUCAAAGUGUAAUGCUGCACUAGAUUCUGCUAGAGCUGAGUCAAUGAGAAGUCCUCGAAUCGCUAACUUUGACAUGUGCUUGGCUGAAGUAAAAUUCACCAUGUCAACAUUCAAUGAAGUUUUAAACUUGCAUUCUUCCGCAGAAUGGAGAAGGUACCUGUGUAAUUCCGUUAUCCUAUCCCAAAACAAUUUUCCAGAAAACUCUGGUACAACGCCUAUCGCCGAUUUGAAAUUCUUGCAUUCUUUAGUCUCCAAAUUAUAA